AUGAAGUUUAUUUUAGAAAACAGAGGCAACACAUCUAGUGAAGCAGAUCAAAAUAUAGGACUUUUAGAUCAAUUUGUUUCUUCUAUUUGUUCAACAGUGAAACAAUUUUCUCCAUAUUAUCUACAUGUUGCUAAAAAUAAGAUUUUUUCAAUAGUAUCAGAAUUGGAAUUGGAACAAUUUAAGUAUACACAACCGCCAAUAUACUUGAAUACUUUUACAGAUCAGCCAUCAGUUCAACCACACAAUAACUUCCAAAACAUCAGCACAUCAAACAUCAACAGAAUAUGCAUUUCAACAACCUGUAGUUCAACCAUACAUUAA